CAUCAACAAGCACCUUUUCCCUUUCCCUUUUAAACUAUAAGCUCUCUCGUUACAACAACAUCUACUACUAUUACAAUAAUGGUUCAUUAUGGGGGCAACAGUGGUAGAAAACGGUGUGACUCGACCGUGUCAGUUCAACCGCAAUCAUCAUCGACACGCCGCCGCUCUCUGCGAAAUGUGCCAUCGUUUUCGGCCAUGAUCAAGUCCACCUCGCUCCGUUCCAUGGAUCCUGACCAGGUCAGCAUUGCUUCAACUUCUACGACAAACAACAACAAUGGCGUCACUAGCAGUAGCAACAAAUUCGCCUCCUUCACAUCGAGACGUCAGUCAUUGACAAGAGCCACCGCAUCAAGCCUGGCAAAAAUGGUUAAAAUGUCGUCCUCUGAUGAACAGCAACAGCAGUCGUCUACUUCGCCAGCAGCAGAAAAGAAAAAGUCCUCUUCACGAUUCAACAAACUGCUGAAGCGACAAUCUGCAUCAUCUGCAGUUCAGCAGCAUUAUCAGCAGUACCAGCAGCAACAGUCGGCAGCAAUGUCCAAAGAAGAGCAGCAGCAAUUGCUGCCGUCACCUCCUGAUACGCCGCUGCCUUCUAUGACCACGACGCCAAAUGGCAGUAGCAGCAAUAACAAGAAACGUGCGUCAUGGUCGCCUUUCGGAUUGCUCCGCAACCAUGGCAAUAAUAGCCAGCACCAUCACCAUCACCAAUAUGAACCCGUGUCGCCUGCAUCGUCAUUGGAUGAGCCUGUUGCUGCACCGCAAUUACCGCCGUUGGACCCAGAAGACGAGUCGGGUUUCUUGCUGGACCCAGUCAUGAACGACCGACGACGGUCCUUGGUAGUCCAGCCAACAGCUAGCACAGCGACCCGGUCAUCCAAGCGUCACAGUACUGGUAGCAAUUUCUCGCAGUAUCAAAUCCAACCAUCUGUCUCGAUGCGCACCAACAAUAACAACAACAAUGGGAGCAAAUGCGAAGCGUGCACUCGACGCAAGGCUAAUAGACGAAGUAACAAUAAUCACACGAGCGGCAAGGAGAACCUGCUCCAUAAUAGUAAGGAGCAUCCUCGACAUAAGCAGCAGCAGCAGAAGGAGGUUUCCGGAAAAGGAAAUCCAGAUCAUGUCAUUGUCGUCGACCAGCCACUUUCUGUUAAACAGCACCAGCUUGUUCAGGAACAUUCUUCAUCAUUGCCUCCACAGCAGCAAAAACAAGACCCUGAACCUGUUAUCAUUACUGCCACUGCUACUGCUACCACCACCACUACAACUAGUGCUGAGCUGCCCAAUAGUCAAGAACGUGAAGCAGAAGAAGAAGAACAACAACAGUCGCCAGAACUUGACGUUGUGCACACUCUUGCGCUUUUGGAACAAGUGGUUGAGGAAAAAGAACAAGAGCAUAUGGAGACAAUCGAAGAAUCAGCACCUCAAUUGGAACAAGAGCAUACUUUGGUGGUAGAAGAAAAACAAGAUCUACGACAACAAGAAGAACAGUCUGCCAUUGUUGCACAACAGUCGGCUGAACAAGAAGUAUCACAUCCUCAACAACAACAAAAGCAACGAGAACCGGGUACACCAGUGCCUGAGAAGAAAUCGAUCCAGCAACAACAAGAAUCAAAAGGUACUACAUCAGCACAGGCUUUACCUGCACAAUCACCCACAGCACAGCAAACACAGAAACAGCAAACACAGCAACAGCAGCAGCACCAGGGACAGAAACAACGGCAAGUUGAAGAGGAGGAAGUACGACCAUACGUUGUUGAGCAGGAACAAGUCGAGCGACCGCAAGUGGCAGCAGAAUCCAGCACCAACAACAGCAGUAGUACUAGUAGUAGUGGUUUUCAUGCACGAGAGUCCUCGCUAUCACUCGCCAUCAUGCACCCACUUUUCAGCAACAUUGGCGAUCGUGCUGCCCUUGUUCCUCAGGAAAACUCAUCCCUGAUUCAGCUCGUCACCAGCUGCAUUGCUCAUGCCGACAAACUCAACCGACUUGCUCAGGACCUAUCCCUGUCUGAAUACCGAGUUGGCCAACUGCUGCAAAAACACCAGUCCUUGAUCCAAUCGAUGGAUGCGCGAGAACAUCGAUACAAGGAACAUGUGGCUACGUAUCAGCGACUCUUGUCUACUCAGGAACGAAUGCUUUCUGAAUUGGAGGAUAUGUUGGUGCUUUCUUCAUCAUCGUCAGGGCAGCAGCAGCAGCAGCAUAACGGCAACAGAAAUUCAACUACUACCGCCAUGUGGAUCCCGACUAAUAAUAGUUCGUUCACCUCAACUAUCAUGUCCGCUGCACCUGCAUGGUGGCAGCAGAUCAUCCCUCAACGAUUGCUACUACGACAGGAGUCAGGGUCAAUUGUGAGUCGGCAGCAUAAUGCGUUAGGUCACACGACGGAUAUUGUCAUUGCUGGUACAUGUGUCACUGUAGAGCCGAGUCUCGUUCCAAAGCAACUCGUUGUAGCGUCUUUGGGUGAUCAACUUGAGGAAGUACAAGCACACAUACAAGAGCAGCAACAACAGCCGGAGGAGCAAAGGGGACCAUGGAUUUAUCAUCAUUAUUUGCUUCACAUUCCACAUGAUGACCGUAGCACAAAGUUCCAAUUGCUGCCUGAAGAAAAAUGGGUUCCAGACGAUCGUGCAGCAGGCUGUCAAUUUCGUAACUGUGGUAUCCAAUUUGAUGUUUUGCGUCGUCGUCAUCACUGCCGCAGUUGCGGCAAUAUCUUUUGCUACAAGCAUAGUGCAAAUCAACUUCCUCUGUUCAAACCACUCAACCGAGACCAAGGCGAAUGGGCACGCGUCUGCGACGCUUGCUUUUACCAACUCCUUGACACAUAAAAAUAUAUUACUACAGCAUUCGCUUCUUCUGCAUCAUCA